UCGCGUACGGUUGUCGAACAGCGUAUUAUAGUGCUAACAGCGUGAUACAGUGAUAUUGUGCGAUUUCGCUGCAGACGAGCGCGCACUUUGCGACGGAUGUACAGACAAAAGUGACAAAAGCGAACCCAAGGACAUGCUGUGAGGAAAAAACAGCAAAUAGGUCAACACUGAGCAGUGAUUGUGAAAGUGACAGCAUUACGUCAAAGAAAACUUACGUCAAAUAAAUAUUUUGAAGUUAAUAAUUUUAUACACUAUAACGCUAUUAGAGUAGAAGAGUAAAGAUGGUGAGCCAGCAAGGCUUUUCAGUGUUUAACAAACGCUAUCGCAUGCAAAUUUUCGUUACACUAGCAGCCCACAUAAUGACGCUUUCCCAUGGCAUUAGCCUCGGCUGGCUUUCUCCCACACUGUUAAUAUUGCAGUCGCCACAAACGCCUUUAGAUUUCACAGUUGGCGUCGAGGAUGUGUCCUGGAUUGGUUCUAUUUUCGGAUUGGGUUCACUGUGCAGUAACAUAUUCUUCGGCCUCAUGGCGGAUCGCAUUGGAAGAAAGACAAAUAUGUACCUUUUGGCGAUACCACAUAUGCUCUUUUGGAUCAUCAACUAUUCCGCGCAGAGUGUUGAGUAUCUCUACGUAUCCCGUUUCUUUGCGGGGGUUACAAGCGGCGGCCUCUAUGUGAUUGGGCCUGUCUUUAUUAGUGAGAUUUCAGCUAAAGAAAUACGCGGCGCACUCACGUCAUUGGCAAUGAUGUUCCUCAGUUGUGGCAUUCUAAUCGGUUUCAUAUUACCCACCUACCUUGACUACCAUCUUAUACCGUGCAUCGUCAUCUUCCUGCCUAUAAUUUACAUUAUUAUAUUGUGCCUUUUCCCAGACACACACGUAAGUCUCUUGCAACGUGGCCAGCUGAUAGAAGCGGAGAACGCUUUCAAUUUCUACAACAAUAUUAAUAAGAAGGAUAUCAUAAAGGAGCUCUGUGCCAAUGAGCAACAAAUAUCGACAGCGAAAAAUGAUUUUGAGGAGCUCAAAGCGUCGAAAUUGCAUGGAGGGAAAGACGCGUCAAUUACAUUGCAAGACUUUUUAAAUAAGUCGGCUUUGAAGAAAUUCGCUAUUGCUUUCGUGAUUUGCAUACAAAAUCAAUUUUCGAGCAGUUUCGCAAUCACAAACUACAUGUCUCAUAUUUUCGCUGAAUCGGGUACCACAUUAGAUCCACAACAAUGCACGAUAUAUGCGGGAGUCGUACAGAUAUCGGGCACACUCCUGGCAUCCAUUUUGGUUGAAAGAUUUGGUCGCAAAACACUAAUGUUGACUUCAACCGCUGGCAUGGCGCUGGGCAUGUUCGGCUUUGGUGCUUUCGUACAAUUCACCGAUGAUGCAACAAAAGCCGAAUACAAUUGGUUUCCAUUAAUGGCAUUGGCAUUUGUCAUCGCAACAGCCUCUAUCGGCGUGAUCUCAUUGACUUUUACGAUAAUUGUAGAAAUACUGCCGGCAAAGAUUCGUGCUCAAGCUCAAUCUAUUACAAUGAUGUUUUGCAGCAUUAUGGUCUUCAUUACGCUGAAGUUAUAUCCAUAUUUUCUCUUCAAUCUGGGCAUUGCGAUCACAAUGUAUUUGUGCGCUUGCUCGUGUGUGUUCACCGGAAUCUAUUUACUCAUAUUCCUGCCUGAAACGAAAGGAAAAUCAAUGGCGAAGGAUUGAGAAACUAAUUGUGAAUUGUUAAUGAAGUUUGUUCAAUAAGAAAUAAAGCCCAUUGAUAUUUAAA